CUCUCGCGCGCAAGGCCGCCGCCCUAUUACCCAGAUCUUAUGACCCGCCAAGGAAUGAGGUGACAUAUUAAGCCGAGAGGGGAGGAGUCGUUCCGGCCGGGUUUGAUUGGCAGAGGGGUCAUCACGUGACUGUGUUGGCGGAAGUGGUUGUUGGUUAUGAAAGAGAGUACAGUGGGAUCCUUUUGGAGACAUGCAGUUCAUUGGCCGGCUUAUGAAUACUUUCAGCAAUGUUGGCAGCUUGUUUUCAAACCCUUUCCGUGUGAAGGAGGUUCCCUUGACAGAGUAUGAAUCUCAGAAACGUGUGAAGUGGGAAGAUAGGCUAGCCUUAUAUGACAAACAUACAAGCCACUCCUGGGACUGUCUUCUCAUUAAUCCUGAGAAUCAAAAAACAGCCUUCCGACUUUUCCAGGUAGACAAUGAAGCAGAUGCACAUCAGUACUUCGACUUCUAUGUAAAGCAGCUGCGCCCAUUCUAUGAGAGCUAUCGUGAGCCUUUGUCCCUGGAAACUUUGCAGCACUUGGUGGAUUGUUUUCGAAGCCACCCCAACUGGUCGCUGGCUCACAUAGCAGUAGAGACUGGGCUUAUGGAGAGCUUCCGACACAAUCAUAUUCUGAGCUGCAUAAACAGCAACAGCGGUGAAAAUGAAUGCACUCCUCUACAUCUAGCUUGCCAAAAAGGAGACCUUGCUAGUCUGCAAGAAUUGGUAAAUGAAUGCCAUGCCCGUCUAGAUCUCACAGACAAAAACGGAGAUACGGUCUUUCAUUAUGCUGUCCGAGGAACAAACCCGAAGGUCAUUGAGCUCCUGGGCAGGAAGUCAACUGUUGCUUUGGACCAUCUGAAUGAGGAAGGACAGAGUCCGUUGCACUUGGCUUGCCAACUGGGUAGAGAAGAUGUUGUCAUCUCUCUUUUGAAGGUUAAUGCCAAGUGUACUAACUUGGGUCCACUGGGUUAUCCCAUCCACACUGCUAUGAAAAACUCCCAGAAAAAAUGUGCAGUGGCCCUUCUGGAUAAGGAGAUUAGCCAGAUUCAGUUGGUGGAUUCACGCCAUGGUGCCACACCUCUCCAUUGGGCCAAAAAUGCUGAAAUGACCCGGUUACUUAUUGAAUAUGGCUGUGAUGUCAACUUUCUCAGUGCUACUGGGGAUUCAGCUCUGCACAUUGCUGUGCGACGUGGGCGCUUUGACUGCGUGAUGGUGCUGCUGACCCAUGGAGCCAUGACCAACUGCAAAGGGAAGGAUGGGAACACACCACUUCACCUGGCAAUGCAGCAAGACCAUCUAGAAACAAUCAAGGCCCUUAUUGUGUUUGGAGCAGAUAUGAAUAUCCCCAAUGAUGUAGGGGAGACACCAGGCUUGUUGGCAGCCAGAACCAGCAAAGGUUCCAACCGGAAAAUACUGUUAGACCUGCUGAAACUUUUAGGGACUCAACACUUCUACCCACCUGCUUCAGUCAUAACGGCACCACCAUCAACUACCUCUACCAUCCAAGAAGAAGCAUCAUCCCCAGAGAGCACUAGCCAAAACCUAGAGUAUCAAGACUAUCUCCAUGUCUCUACACUUAGCAGUAUGGUGAAAAAGCCAGAUGUCACGGAGUCUGCCAAUGAGGGGCACAAAGCGCAAGAUCGUCUCUUGAGUCUGGAUGGUGGAGGUGUUCGAGGUGUGGUACUUAUCCAGUUUCUCAUUGCUAUAGAAAAAGCUGCAGGGCGUCCUGUCAGAGAGCUCUUUGACUGGGUUGCUGGGACCAGCACAGGGGGGAUCCUGGCCAUCGCUGCUGUGCAUGCAAAACCCAUGGAUCACAUGCGCUGCUUGUACUUCCGCAUGAAGGAUGAGGUAUUUCGUGGGUCGCGGCCUUAUGAGUCAGAACCCCUUGAAGAUUUCCUAAAGAAGGAGUUUGGAGAAAAUACAAAAAUGACCGAUGUCAAGAACCCCAAGCUCUUGUUGACAGCAACUCUCUGCGACCGCCAACCUGCUCAACUCCACCUGUUCCGGAAUUACAAUAUCCCAGAAGAUAAAAGCAAAAUUCAUAGUAAGGCAGCAAGCUUGUUUCAACCAAUGACCAAACCAGAAGAUCAGCUGGUGUGGCAGGCUGCACGUUCCAGUGGAGCUGCGCCAACGUAUUUUCGACCCUUUGAACGGUUUCUGGAUGGAGGGCUGCUGGCCAACAAUCCAACCUUGGAUGCCAUGACAGAGAUUAAUGACUACAACAAGUACUUAAUCCAAAAUGGCCAAGGCCACAAGGUGAAGAAGUUGGGAGUGGUGGUCUCUCUGGGGACUGGCAAGGCUCCUCAGGUCCCUGUAAGCUCCGUGGAUGUCUUUCGCCCAUCCAACCCUUGGGAACUGGCCAAAACUGUCUAUGGGGCUAAAGAACUGGGCAAACUGGUGGUGGAUUGUUGCACCGAUCCAGAUGGUCCAUGUAUUGACCGUGCAAGAGCCUGGUGUAAUAUGAUAGAGGCCCACUACAUCAGGUUCAACCCCCCUUUGGAAAUCGAUAUAAUGCUGGAUGAAGUCAGUGAUGCGAUUCUGGUGAACCUGCUAUGGGACACUCAGCUCUAUAUUUACAAGCACUGGGGACAGUUUGAACGCUUGGCAGAAUGGCUCCUCAAUCCAUGAUGCUUCACAAGACUCCAUGGUACCAACAUUGUGUCUCUGAAGUGGUGGUUUGUAAUAUUCCCAAGAAGGAGUGGGUUCUGCUGAGCUGGGUCUUCCUCCUUCUCUGCAUAUCAGGAGAUCAAGUGAAGAAGGAAUUUGGGAUUUCCACGUGCUGAAAUGCCUUUUCAGCAUCUACAAUUUGUGUACUUGCAGUGACUGCUCUUUUUCUACGGUCCCUCAAUUUCACUUUUGUGUUUUCGAAGGCUUUCAUGGCAGGGAUCACAGGGUUGUUGUAUGUUUUCUGGGCUGUAUGGCCAUGUUCCAGAAAUAUUCUUGCCUGACGUUUCGUCCACAUCUAUGGCAGGCAUCCUCAGAGGUUGUGUAUACCUCACAACCUCUGAGGAUGCCUGCCAUAGAUGUGGGUGAAACGUCAGGAGAGAAUACUUCUGGAACAUGGCCAUACAGCCCGGAAAACAUACAACAAUCCAAUUUCAUUUUUGUUGUGGCAUUACAUGCCAUCUAAACUGAUCAGAAUUGGACCAUCUCUCUUUCCCUCUUGGCAUAUGAUGCCAGCUGUAUUGACUAUAACCCUUUGGUUAAAUGACAGUUUUCUUCUGUCCAAAUUUGACAUUGACUGUUAAGAUUAAUAUCUAAUUACCUGUUUCUCCAGAUAUUCUUGUCAAAUGCAGAAUUUCUCUUGAAUGGGGAUUUAAAAUUAUUUCCCCACAUAAGUCAGAGCUAGCUUUCUGCAGUUUGUUUUCAGAGAUAAUAUAUCUGUUCCACAUUGUUACUGCUCUGGGUUGAAAAUCUUUGAUCCAUGCAGUCGGAAGCUGACCUGCUACUACUGUCCAGUCUUUUUUCCUGCUUUAUGUUCAAUUUUACUGACUUCUCCAACCUCUGAAUGAGACUAUUUUGGUCUUAGUGACAUUGAAGAGCACAAGGAAAAUGGAAAUAAUUGGACAAAUGCUUUUUAUGGGUGGCACCCUAUGUUUGCAUUUUCCCACUGACAGAGAUAUGGAAGGCUUGCUUUCUCGUGAUAAAACUACUUUUCCUCAAAAAUUGAUCAGUGUAGGCCAGAUCAAAAACCAAGGAGGAAACCUUUCUCUUUCCUCAAAUAUUUGUGUUUUUUUAAUUGAAUGGGGGAAAUGGCCACCCAUCCAUGUCUUUUUCUUCCUUGAAGACAAGGAUUUAAAAUGCUGCUGUUCAUGAUAACUUUAAUCUUUUUCAAUUACAUUUAACAGAAUGUAUUUGUAAAAUUUCCUAAUAAAUGUAAAAUCUAAUAGGUGUUUUUUUCCUCCUCCCCAUGUCUGCACUUUUCUGGUUUACAUGAAAAUAACUGUCAAAUUGUGGUAAUGUUAAGACUGAGAAAGUGUCACAAAAUGACUCAGUAUUAAAUAAAAGGUGAGUUAUUUGAAA